UAGCGUCGAACCAGCCGGUCAGUCUUUUGAGUCUGUCGCUGUUGUGUGAUUCUCGGAAAACCUGCUCCGAACCGGCUGCUGCUGCUACGUUAGCACAGAGAGAAGCGACCGAGAUCAACUGCUAGGAGCAUUGCCUAGGAGGUGUUCGAAGGGGGAAUUGAAACAGAGACGGGCCCGGGGCCCCACGAACAACCGUUGGCCGAACUUGACCUUCUUAUCUCUGGCAACAGACACAGACAACUGGUAUGACGCUAGCUCCAGCCAAAGGAAUGAUGAAGUGCCAGACAUUUUUGACACGGUGCCACAGGGAAAAAAGAAAGAAAAAAAAAAAGAGAAAAACAAAGCAGCACGAAAACCCGACAUCCGCCCAGGCCGCCUCUCGGAAGCCUCUACGGUAACCUUCAAUCACACACAGACAUCACAUCGUGCAUCUUGUCCUAUCGCAUCUUUGCAUUCACCGACGCUCGCCUUAUUGUGUCCUGCCCAUCAUGGCCACCGCCCAACCAGAUCACGAUCAGCAGUCUGAUCGGUUGUUCCUCAACCUUCCCUCCAACAACCCUUUCCGCAACCGCGCUGUGUCGCCCGCUCAGCAAAGUCCAACCUCGCCCUUUGACGACCCUCCUCCGCGCCCUACUUCGCGCAACCCUUUUCUGGAUCCCGCCAUUGCCAACAGGGCCAGCAACCCAAAUAUCCGAUCUGUUUCCGACAACAUGUCGUCAUACGAUAAGCGCCCGUCGCUCACGGCCGAAGAAAUAUUCGGUUCGUUGACGCUAGAGGAGUCCAACUCUGCACCUGCGAGAGCCGAGGCCCCGAAGCCUCCCAUGGGCCGCCGCGGUCCUCUGCCACCGGGACGUGAGAAUGUGCCGAGUGCUAGCCGCAAUGGCCCAGGGCCCAACCACCGUCCCACUCGAUCCCAGGAAGAGGCUAUGCGUGCCGGCCGGAAGCAGUCCAACGCCGAACUGUUGAUCCCUAUCGACACACCCCGCUCCCCUCCGAGACAGCGCCAGGACCAGCGAAGGCCCCGUAGGAAUUCCGACUCUUCCAUUGUCGGUGCCGAUAAGAUCAUGACCGAGGAAGAGAAGAAGGCCCGGGAUCAGAGACGUCGUGAGCGUGAACGUCGGCAGCGCGAGGGUGGUGGCAAGGAUAGGAAGCCCGCCAGCCGCAAGCUCGACAUCAUCGAUCAAUUAGAUGCCACCAGCAUCUAUGGAACAGGAAUUUUCCAUCACGACGGACCUUUCGAUGCCCUCAACCCCCACCGCAACCGCACUGGCAGCCGGCGUGCACCUAUGGAAGCCUUCCCUGAAGGCUCGCUCAACAACACCCUCGGUGGUUCUGGUCCUCUGAACGCUCGCCCCGACCAUUCGACUUUCUUGGGUGGACACGACGAUGAAGCUUUCAGGGAGUGGUCCAAGGGCUCCAAGGAUAGAAACGGCGCUCCUCCCACGGCCAGCAAGGGCGAGUUGCCCAUGUUUGACCCCCUCAGCCGCGGCAACGUCCUCCAUGGCGAUGAAUCCCUCGGCCUCGGCACGUCGACCUUUUUGGAGGGCGCCCCGGCCGCCCGCACAGCGAUCCAGAAACGCGAGGAGGAGCGAGCUCAAGAGGUUAUGCAGGAGGGGCUGCAGCGCAAGAAGUCCCUCGCCCAUCGUAUCCGCAACAUCAACCGCCAGCCUCGCGAUUUCCAGGCUUCUGGCAGAACCACCAACCCCGAAGGAGCCUACGGGUCUCGCCGAUCCCCCUCCGAGAGCGGACCCGCCUCUGCUGGCGCCAACGGGGAGCGCAACCCAUUCUUCAACGAGUAUGGCCAACCGAGGGGUGAAGAGGGAUUCAGCGUGCGCAAGGAGUCCAACGCCGGGCCCAAGUCUCCCGGCAGCCCCAAGGGUGGUUACGGCCUCGAGCGGAGAUCGACGACGGACGGCACAGGCGGCGAAGAUGGCCCACAACCUAAGAGUGGUGGAAUCUUGGGCCGCAUGAAGAGUCUGAAGGGCGGACGGCGCCAGCGUCCUGGCCAGGGCAGCUCUGAUAUGGGCAUGCCUCCUGCUCCUGGAACCGCGGUUUAGAGGAACCACUGGUCGAUUCGGGGACGACUGCUUCGCAUGGGGUCUUUUACGAGGUGUUUUGGGGAGAGGAGAGAGCGUCUAUGACGUGCAGUGAGGAUGGUGGAUGAGACAACAACCAGGAAGAGAAGAGAGAGGAAGUCAAGCCGUGUAAUUUUUUUUUGGUGCAAAGGAGACGGACGGGACGGGAUCAGGUUGGAUGGCUUGUUGUUUUUGAUUUCAGUACACGGAGAAAAUUCAGGAACAGGCCAGUUUUCUUUCUUUUCUUUGUGGAGAGGCGUCCUAGCUCCCUGCGCGUGUGGGAUGUGUGGUGAACGUUGUACAUAGAGCCCAUUGUUGCUUUGGUGAUGACUUUUCUUGUUUCGUCGCUCUUGUUGCUGGGGUUCCUAGGAAGGGUUGAGAGUUUACUCGGUUACUGUUGUUCAGGAUGAAGUCUGACAUUCACGGAAAAACCACUGGCAAAAGGAGAGGGGGACUGCGCUGGUGGUGUUGGGACAGUUGGUUUGUGUAAGAGGUAGUAGUGUUGUUGAUAAUCUUGAAUUGAGUAGGCAGUAUUGAUUUUGAUUUUGCGGUCGAGCCAAGGGGUUGUGAUUAUGGUGCUUUGCUUGGUGGGUAGUUGGUGGGUUAGUGGGUAAGGGGCUGACGAUGGGGCAGAUCAAAGGGGCUAAUGUAAG